GGCAAGGCCCACUACCAGUUGCUCGCCCAGGCACUACGGGCAAGGUUCACUGGGGCGGAGAUGUCGGGCUUCGUCGGGCGCAGGGGGAGCUUUGAGGUUGAGAUCAAUGGGCUGCUGGUCUUCUCCAGGCUCCAGGCUGGAGGUUUCCCUUACACUGAUGAUGUACUGGCUGCUGUCCAGAACGCCGCCGACGGCAAGCCCGUGGAGAAGAUCACCAGAAGCCACUCGGCAUGUGUCAUCAUAUAGCCACAGCCCUUGCUCCCUGAAUUCCCCAGUUGCCCCCCCAUUCCAUCACAUCAACCCCGAUUGGUCGCUUUCCCUCUCUGGGGACCAGUCAGAACACAGUAGACCAGAAUUUUUGACAGACCAUACCAUUUCUGAGGGGUCACCAAGGAGUUUACUAUCCUUCCACCACUACGUUACAAACAAAAUUUAGAUGAUUUUCUAGAAACAAUAACAUAUUUCUAACCUUUAUUCCAUUACUUCACCAGUAAUGGAACCUUACUUAAUGAAUUUACAUAAAUGAAAUACUGGUCCUACCUUCCCUGUUGGCUUCCCUAGAAGUGUAUGAAUAAAACAGAGCAUAACAUUCCCUGUUUCACCUGUAUAGCUGGUGAUUGUUUACUGUACCAAUUCCGUUUACCCUUGUUGUUCCAGGGGUGAAUCAGCAGCACCCCUCCGAGGAAAUUUUGACCCCGUGACAUCCUAACCCUCAGGUGGUCGUUGGGUCAGUUCUAAUUCUCUCUAGAGCUUCAGUGUCCUUUCCUCCCACCUAUACCUUGGCGGGGAGUCUAGACAUUAAUGACGACUAAGCUGAAACUUAAAAGGCUAUAGUGGGAACUUCUCAGUCUUGACUUCCUUGUGCUUCAAGGAGCAGGGUCAAAGGUCAGGGAGGACAAGGAGACAGUAGGCUAAGAUUCGCUUCUCUCUCCAAGAUGUCGACACACAUGGACACGCCGGACCCCCAAUCCUCAUUGCAGCGGACCUGGAAAUGGGUUAUACGUUAGCCAGCCUUUAGCUCAUCAAUGUCUAGGAUCAUGGCACCAUAUUGUUUAUUAACCAUUGGCAGCAACGAUUUCUUCGAAAUAAUUGGUUCAAAGGUCAGGUGUACUUGUUAAGAUGGAAUGCAGCAGUGGGCUGAGAACCAAUGCCAGAAACAAAUCUGUGUAAAGCAGCAAUGCCAAAUUCUAAGGAAACAGUACGGCUGUCACAUGUGCAUCAGACAUCUGGUGAUAACUGUAAUAUCAAUAAAGUAA